AGCUGAGCGCUGACAUUGUCGUGAGCGGCGCGAUGGCUGAGGAAAAGAAAGUGCAGCAACCCUCCAAGAAGAGUGCUAAGAAAGCAGUGAAGAGGGUGCAAGAGAAGGGCGGUAGGAAGCGAAGGUGGUCCAGGAAAGAAAGUUACUCCAUCUACAUCUACAAAGUGAUGAAGCAGGUUCACCCCGACACCGGCAUCUCCUCCAAGACCAUGAGCAUCAUGAACUCGUUCGUCAACGAUAUUUUCGAGCGCAUCGCGGGGGAGGCUUCCCGCCUGGCCCAUUACAACAAGCGCAGCACCAUCAGCUCCCGGGAGAUCCAGACCGCCGUGCGGCUGCUGCUGCCUGGGGAGCUGGCCAAGCACGCCGUGUCGGAGGGCACAAAGGCGGUGACCAAGAACAUCAGCUCCAAGUGAAGGACUGCAUUGUACUGAAACAAACACACAUUCA